CUAUUGCGGUAGUUUGCUGAGGAACUGAAAAAGGAAGAUAAAGAAGUCUGCAAAGCAGUGAUCCAAAGAGAGAUAAGACAGAGACUUUCAACUGGAAGCAGCAAAAACCCCACGCUGAUGGAUACAGCUCAAAAGGAUUGAAAACCUCACUUGUGCAAUGGAGAGCAACAGUACCCUAGUGUUCCCGAAUGCAUCAUUCAAAAGCACUCCACAAAGUUACCAGAUGGAUGAAAAAUGCAAAAUGGAUAAUACAAGCCUAAAGGUGCCACUGGCCAUUUGUUAUGCGCUUUUCUUCCUUUUUGGAUUGGUUGGGAACCUGUUGGCUCUCUGGGUGUUUGUGAGAGUGCAUUCAAAGAAGAACUCCAUUCGCAUUUUCCUCAUUAAUUUGGCUCUGGCUGACUUACUCCUGGUGAUCUGCCUGCCUUUCCGGGUGGCGUAUCAUUCAAACAACAACAGCUGGGUGCUGCCACCAGUCUUUUGCAGGAUAGUGGGCAACGUCUUUUACGCCAACAUGUACAUCAGUAUAAUUUUACUUGGCCUUAUUAGUAUAGACCGCUAUUUAAAAUUCCAAAGGGUUUCAUGCAGGCGGCUCUUCUUACAAAGCAGGUGGAGUGUGGUUCUCUGCUGCGUCGUCUGGUUUCUGGCUUGUGCCCCAAUGGUGGCACUGAUCGCCCAGGCUCCGGAGAACAAUGAGUCCGAAAAGUGCUUUGAAUACAAAAAACUGGACAAAUCCAAAUGGAAAGCUUACUUUAACUUUUCCAUGGUGGUUAUGUUUUGGGUGGUCUUUGCCGGUUUGGUCAUCUCCUACGGAAAGAUUGGAAUGAAGCUUAUUACAGCUUCUCGAGAGAAACCGGAUUUUCCAAACGCAGCCAGGUACAACAAAACGGCACUCAAGUCCUUUUUUGUGCUUUUCCUGUUCACACUGUGCUUUGUGCCGUAUCAUUUUAUUAGGAUUUUUUAUAUCAUGUCGCAGAUGGCACCUGAUACUUCCUGUGACUGGAUGAACGUUAUGGAUAAAUCAAAUGAAAUCGCUUUGCUACUGUCUGCUCUCAACAGCUGUCUGGAUCCAGUCAUGUACUUUCUGCUGUGUGGUUCUAUAAGGAAAGUGAUGCUUAAAAUCAUCUGUAAUGGUUGUUGCCUGCAAAGCAUUGGAUUAUUAUUUAACUCUAGUGAAGCUACAAAUGAACAGCCGAAAAACAAUGCAGUUGUGCCUGUAAUAUCACCGGUGAUAGACUAUGAUUACAGUAACAGCUCUGAAAACACAAAAAGUAUUUGUAACUUUACAGCAGAGUCAAUCAGAUCAUGUUAGAAAAUAUUGGUCUUAACUCACUUAUAGUGAAACAUGAUUUUCUGUUUAUUUUCUAUUUGUCAGAAACACUACACGUUAGUAAAAUGUAACCUAGCCUGAACCCAGCUAUUUUUUGUCAUUGACUGUUUUCUACUGUACAUAAAAUCAUCCUACAUAAUGUAAAUUACAAGGUUAACUUUUUAUUGUACAUGUAUUAUUUCUGUAGAAAAAUAAAGCGCAUAUAAACUUUUAUGUAAAAUUUCAGAACUAGGAUGUCUUAAUUCUUUUGUGUGUUAUGCUAUUUAACACAUUAUAUGCCAAUUUAACACAUUAUGUGUCAUUUUUGGUUAAAAUAAAUAAAAGUGAAAACACAAGUUGUGUUAAAAGUAACACAAAAUGUGUUGGUCCAAUAAUAACACAGAGAUGUGUUAAUUUUGGGACAAUGACAUUUAGGGCCCUAUUUUAACGAUCUAAGCGCAUUGUCUAAACAGACAGCGCACGGUCUAAAUGGACGUGUCCGAUUCCACUUUUGCUCAUUUAACGAUGGGAAAAAUAGUUUACGGCCUAAAUAGGUUGUUCCUAUUCUUGUAAUGAGUAAUGGGUGUGUUUUGGGCGUAACAUGCAAUAAACCAAUGAGAGUCUCAGCUCUCAUCCCCUUUAAAAGCAAAUUGCGGCUGGCGCCAUGCCUAAUCCCCAUUUAGG